AUGACCAUCUCCUACACGCUGAAAGUCGCUAACUCUCGUUUCGGAGGUUUCUCCAAGCUGCUCUUCCGCUGGAAAGGCAGCAUCUACAAGCUGCUGUACAAGGAGUUCAUCGUCUUCAUGGUGCUGUACGCCAUGCUCAGCCUCGUCUACCGGCGGCUGCUGACUGAGGAACAGAAGCGCCUCUAUACCAAAGUGGCUCAAUACUGCAACCGCUCCACGGACCUCAUCCCCAUGUCGUUCGUCCUAGGUUUUUAUGUCACUCUGAUCGUGAACCGGUGGUGGGCCCAAUACACCAGCAUCCCCCUGCCCGACCAGCUCAUGUGCGUCAUCUCCAGCAAUGUCCACGGCAAGGACGAGAGGGGCCGGAUCCUGCGGCGCACCCUCAUCCGCUAUGCCAACCUGUCAGCGGUCCUCAUCCUGCGCUCUGUCAGCACCAGGGUGCUCAAGCGCUUCCCCACCAUGGACCACGUGGUGGAAGCGGGCUUCAUGACACAGGACGAGCGCAAGAAGUUUGAGAGCCUCCACUCUGACUUCAACAAGUACUGGAUCCCCUGCGUGUGGUUCACCAACCUGGCGGCCCAGGCCAGGCGGGACGGCCGCAUCCGCGACGACGUGGCCCUCCGCCUGCUCAUGGACGAGCUGAAUCUCUACCGGGCCAAGUGCAGCAUGUUGUUCCAUUACGACUGGAUCAGCAUCCCCCUGGUGUACACGCAGGUGGUCACCAUUGCCGUCUACUCCUUCUUCGCCUUCUGCCUCAUCGGGCGGCAGUUCCUGGAGCCGCUGGAGCCAGGGCAGGAGGGGGACCUGGACAUGUAUGUCCCUCUCUCCACCCUCCUCCAGUUCUUCUUCUAUGCUGGCUGGCUGAAGGUUGCAGAGCAGAUCAUUAACCCUUUUGGAGAAGAUGACGAUGACUUUGAGACCAACAAGUUGAUAGACAGGAACCUGCAGGUGUCCCUGCUCUCCGUGGAUGACAUGUACCAGAACCUGCCCCCCGCCGUGAAGGACAAAUACUGGAACGAGUCCACGGCUCAGCCUCCCUACACCAUGGCCACAGCUGCUGAGACCUUGAAGCCCUCAUUCCUGGGCUCCACCUUCGAUAUGCGCAUGUGCGAGGACGCAGAGCAGAGUCAGCCAGCGGAGGCCUCACCGAGCGUGCCGCGCAUCCAGACGCCUCUGCUCAGCCGCUUCUUCACUGCCGCAUCCCCCGCCAUCAGUAUCAAAAACUUCGGCCGGGGCAACCGAGGUCACCCCCACCUGCGGCGUCCCCGGGUGGAUGGUGGCUUCCCCUCCCCUUACCCCAACCGCUCCGAGGACCCUGAGUCGGUGGCCCGAAUCGAGGAGGAGGAGACAGAGGAUGAGAGCCGGGCCAGCGAGCCCACCAUGCCUGGUGGUUGCCCAGGGGGGACCCAGCCGCUGGAGACCUCCAAAACAUGGAGGAAGGAGCUGCCACUGAUCCAGGUGAAGGCACCAUCCAGUGAAAGCAUCGGGGCUGACCAGCCAGAGGCCUGGGAGCCCUGA